GUAGUCGUCUGGAGUGCUUGGCAGUGUACGGUUGUGUGUUGAGUGGCAUUCCGGAAGCGCCGGGUUCGGACCACCGGAAACCGUCCAGUAUAGGGCAGACGGAGCGAUCGGGGGUGACGGAUCUCGCCAUGGAUAGUGGUUCGAUUUAAGGCCGUGUAGUCGUGGCUCUAUAAAAGUGGUAAUAAAAUUCAACGCUCACAAACCCCAAGGAAGAGUGUUUUGGUGCGUUUACAAAUCCGCUUCUCGUGUGUCUCGUGUGUCGGUCGUCGUCCAGUUCGGGCAUCGCAAAUCUCGUUUUGCUCCACGUGCGUUUUUAUGGGUCAUAUCAACUGUUUUAACCUCUCCGAAAUCUCUUAAGACCCUCGGGCCACCUUGGACGACACGACCCGCAGUGAGGGGGAAAGCCAAGAAGUGCACCAGCAUUUCCGAUCCGUGCUCGGAGUGAUUGAUGAGUUUUCAACUUCUGUACCAUAAGGCGUCAAAUUGUGCGGAACAAACUCUCCAUCGCGAAAAGGCCUUCGCCACCAGGCCGCAAAAGGCUUGCCGGAACAAGCGUUUCGCGCAAAACACCGACGCCACCCGUGUGCUCCGAGUUAUGGCUGUAAUGGAUUAUUCACGCUUCACGUAGGACGUCUCCAUCCCGGGUCGACUUAUGAAAAUAAAACAGAAUCGCUGUUUGUGGCGUCGGCUCAGUGUGUUGUUUUUAUUUGUCAGCCGUCUAACAGCUUGAGUGCACGGAUCGGAACGCUCGGGAAAGUGUAAGAUCUUUCGGUGAAAGGUGAAAGUGUGUGUGUGUAAGUGUGUGGCCCCGGUGAGUGAGUGAGCCGAAGCCCUGGCCGGGCCGGGAAGGAAAAGUUGGCAGAUGGAGUGUCAUAAAUUAAAGUUAGCUUCACCGUGUGAGUUAUAUUCCGGUGACUCUUAUUUCGGUGAGAUAUGGCGUAUGUGUGUUAAAUCAUGAUGUGAUCGUCGACACACCGUACCACACGCAGAGUGUCAGGGUUGAAACGAAUAAAAUAAUAAAAAAGGGCCAACCGCACCGUGCAACGAUGUAAUAAUGCCACUCACUUGGUGGUUGAAAAAUUGCUAUUGAAACAGGUGCUCCUACAUCCUCAACGCGCCGCUUGUGAUGAGUUUUGAUAAGUGGUUGGCGGUUGGUUUUAUGUACCGUGCCGUGUGAGUGUGACGGGAACGUGUGUCAGCCGUGCGUGGGUUGGAGAACAUGUCAGUGAGCGGAAUAAUAGGAGCGUACAUAUGAUCAAUAGCAAAAUGCUGCACAUUAUCAUUGGAUUUAUAGUGAUUGUUCAACGUGCUGCUGGAGAUGAUUUAGGGCUUCUUUCCAGCACUCUGCGUGCGUUUCGUACCAUUUGCUGUGACGACGAGCUGCUGAGCUUGUCGUGCCCGAUCGGUACCAGCAUUUCGGUGGAACUUGUCCAAUAUGGUGCCAAAGAAAGCAACGAAACGGUUCAAUGCGCGUAUAGUGAAGUGGACAGUUCCUAUUACCCUCCCGAGCCCACCUCGCCCGCCCUCAGCACGAUUGAUUUCUCGGUAGCCGGUGCCCAAGUUAACGCUACGGCAAAUACACCCACGGCACCGACGCUGCUGAGCACCGAGCUGGCCACGAACGAUACGCUUGCCUCGGUCGAGCGUCCAAAAGACAAAUGCACUCCCCUUUAUGUGCUGCAGUACUCCAUCCUGCAGACCGUCGUCGAAGCGUGUCAGAAGAAACGACGCUGCCGGAUACAGGCCACGCCGAAGAACUUCGCCACAGCACCGUGCCCCGGCAUUCAUCGCAUGGUGGAGGUUAAUCACAAAUGUCGCCCAUUCGAGUUUCGGAGCCUGAUAUCGUGCGAAAAGGACAUCGUCCGGUUGACGUGUGGUCAAUACACCCGUAUAGCGAUCUACAGUGCCACCUACGGCCGAACUGCGUACGAAAGCUCGCACUGUUCGCAGACGGCCGCCUCCAAGGAACAGACAUGUCUUUCGGAGCACACGAGUCACACGCUCACCGAAAUCUGCCAAGGCCGCCGAAAGUGCACAGUUGCGGUAGAAAGUUCCACAUUCGGCAACCCUUGUCCGGACAACAUCAGGGUCUACCUGAAAGUAAUCUACGCCUGUGUUUCGAGGAAUGUGUUCCGAGAACGGUACAUCACACCGCUCGAGGAUGACGAACUGGACGAGCGUCCGUACGAAUCGAACGAGCUGUACGACGAGGAACUGACGCCGGCCCCGAACCAGAUCGAGGGUUCGGCCGUCGGCAAGGGUGGCGGUACCAACCACAACAAGUACGCCGGCAGCGGCGAGUCAGCGGUCAAGGCGGAAAAUAUAGUCACAUUCAACAAAGACGCCGGUGACAGUGCCAGCGCCGGGGACCAUUCGUCCCUGCUCGAUGAUGGAAACCUGCUGAUCGUCGGUGUCGCGGUACUGUUCUUCUGCUUUGUCUGCGUGUCGUUCGGGGCACUGCUCGCAUACAAGAUGAAGCUGUUCCAGUCAACCAAUAAUCGGUGCAUCAAGGCUUCCGAGUCAAGCGACAGCCAUUCGACACCGUCCAGCUACCGGGCACCGAGCGAGGACUUCGAUCUGGUUGAAUGCAUGCCGGACACGAACGCCAUAACGGAGAAGCUGACCGAGCAAUCGUCGUUACCACCGCCACCACCGACCCAAACGUUUGUGCAACCGGUUGCCGCAUCCGGGCCGGUUACGGGCACCAUCCUGCCUGCAUUCAAGUUCGCCCAGGAGCCGCGCGGAAGCCUGUCACAAAUAUCGACCACCAUGUUCAUCCUGCCGAACUACCUAAUGGCGGGCCCACUGCCCGGCACCCUCUCCAGCGUCCGGCGCGGGCCCAAGGACGCUGGCUCACCGUUACCACCGGGUGACAAUCUCACCAUCACACUCGCCACCGACAUCCCGAGCAGCAGCGGCUCGAACGCCGUCACGAGUCGGGUGGAGUCGCCCAGCCCUGCGUACUAUUCGCAACAUCUGCACCAGCAACAGCAGCACGUACCGUACGGUGUGAGCGCGUCCUGCGGCCAAUGUACCGCACUCGGCUGGCAACCUUCGGCCGGUGGCCCGGCACCACUCUACGGUGGAAAGCUGCCAGUGGCAGUGGAAAAUCCGGCCACGAGCAAACCGUCACACCCGUAUCAUCGCAAUCAAUCAUUAAAAGCGUCUGGCGGCGAACUGCUGGAAGGGUGCAGUUCGGGGGAUGGGGCCGGUGCGGGCGAGUGCGGUGGGAUGGUGGGGACGGGCGGGACGAACGCCACCCUCGCACAGUCGCAUCCUUUUUUAUGGCUGGGCUUGAAAAUCGGGCUGAUGUAAAGCUGUAGGGUAAAGCUGUCAAGAUCGACCUGUGCGAUAGUUUAUCGUGCAGCGUUUUAAACCUUUUAUUGGUGUGGGGUUUCCUCCAAACCUGUGUGUGAGUAUGUGUGUGGCACACGCUCCCCGUUUCAGUUUCAGUUUCAUCAUCUUUUCCAACCCCCCGUUUUCCGGUCCGCUUCCCACUUCCCUCCUACCCCUUUCCCCUUCAAAUGUAUAUACUUUCGGCAAACAUUCGGCUUACAGAAGCGCGGUUUCUCACCCACCCGAGGCCCACCCAUCCUCUCCCCCUUCUACAAACAAACAGCCAGCUUGACAGCUUUACCCGUUGCGUCCGUAACAACUUUAUCGGCGAUUUGUCGCAAUGAAACCGUAACGAAGCCGAAGGAUCGAAUCUUACGGUUACGGCAGCAAAGUCCUUCUAGGCCGCCGGGCUCCAGACAGCCCAGUGGCAAUGGCGGAAGACAAACACAACCAAAACCAAAUAACGUAACACUAGCGACAUAGUAACAAAUUGUGAAUUUUACCGUGGCUUGUACAAAUGGCUCCAGCUCUAGGGGUGUUAUGUUUUUUAGAUUGUGAGAAAAACGCGUUGUGAAAAACAGUCUGUUCAGCUGAGAUGAACCGACGAACGUUCCGAAGCUCCAUCCAAAACUCGAGCUCUUCGAAAUUGGAAAUUGGAAACCAGCUGAUGUACCGCGAUUAUCGCAGCAUAAUCCGCUCUUGUUCUAUUAUAUAGAACCGGCAGAGUACAGGAUGCUGUAAAGUUUCGGGUUAGGUAAUGCAUUCCCCGUUUUGUUGUUUAAUUUCGCGGUAAAGCAAUAACGUGAGCGAUAGAGACUCGAGCACCUCUGUUCGGUUGUGUAAUAAACAUCCUUCUUCUUUUUCUGGGUUAUUCUUACCACUACUGCUGCCAAGGUGAGAUCGUAAAUGUAAAGACAAAUGUGCACAGAUAAUGUAAAUAUACAAUUUAAAUCACUGUUCAACUAAA